CUGUCAAUCAUAAUUAGCAACCACAGGCAGUGAAACUGUGUGGAAGGUCGGCGAAACGCUACGUUUUGGGGUGAAAAGGCAUUGUACUUUCCGUGAAACAAUUAUGCGUCGGAAAGGAGAGGAAAAUACGUAUCCUAUUGUGCUUAAAAAUAUUUGUUCUACUUUGGAAGGAAUUGCAUAAAAGCGAUUUCACUGAAAGCCAAACUCGGCGAGUUUCACUUGCAAGCAACUAUUCUGCUUGGAGUACGAAACGUAUCCAGAAGAAGGUAACCACGGACGCACGACACUUUGGGAUUUAAUUUGGCUAUUUAACACACUUCUUGACAAAAGUGGUUGAUACAUUUCAGAGGACUGUCUUAAAGUCGCUGUUGGUGACUCGCAGCGCAGACUAGGAGGUGUGACGGUUCACUCAAAACAAUCUCGGCCCAAACAUCCAGACGGCGAGGAAGAAAGGAGGAAAGAUGAGCGGGGGAGAUGUGGUGUGCUCGGGCUGGUUAAGAAAAUCACCUCCAGAAAAAAAGUUGAGACGUUACGCAUGGAAGAAGCGGUGGUUUGUUCUCCGCAGCGGCCGUCUCUCGGGCGACCCAGACGUGCUGGAGUACUACAAGAAUGACCACGCCAAGAAGCCCAUCCGCGUGAUCGACCUCAACCUGUGUGAACAGGUGGACGCAGGGCUCACGUUCAACAAGAAGGACCUGGAGCACAGCUUCAUCUUCGACAUCAAGACCAUCGACCGCGUCUUCUACCUGGUGGCCGACACGGAGGACGACAUGAACAAGUGGGUCCGCUACAUCUGUGACAUCUGCGGCUUCAACCCCACGGACGACGAGGCGGCAAAGGCUGCCCACCAGGCGGCCAGCAGUGGCUCUGUGGUGGACACCCCCCCUCACCCUGGCCUGGGGGGUCCUCCGGCCAUGCUGACCAACGUGCCCCCUCCCUACCAGCCGGUCAGCGUGCGCCACCUGGACUCAGAGUCCAGCCUGGACGAACCCCAGGACUACCUGUGGCUGGUCAACUGUGAGAGCAAGAAGCCAGAGCCCAACAGAGCCCACGCCGAGUGUUCCAAGUCGACCUCGUCGGAGACGGACCUGAACGACAACGUCCCCGCCCACCGCACGCCAACCUCCACUAGCUCCUCCUCUAAGCACGCCAACGGCUUCUUCUCCUCUGUCCUGCCCCCUCACCCCUCCUCCGCCUCCUCCAUCUAUGACUCUCCGCCUUCCCGCGGAGGCGACCUCUCCUCCAGCCUCUACCACCUCCCCCGCUCCUACUCCCAGGACACUGUGCUCCUUCCCAAGUCGGCCUCCGCCUCCUCGCCCCCCGUCCCGGUCGACGGCGACGCCCCGGAGCUCUACGUCUUCAACGCGCCCUUGCGGAAGCCCUCCGUGGAGACUCAGAUGAGGAACCUGUCGGUUAGCUACGAUAUUCCUCCCACACCAGGCAGUAACUGUACCUAUCAGGUGCCUCGAGGUCCAGCGAGUGGUGGGUCUGAGGGUGGGGAUGGGAUGCCUCCGCCCCGGCCCCCCAAGCCUUCCCUCAGCUCCCUGACCCCGGGGCACCCGCCGCCCCCCGCGGAGCGCUCGCCCACGGACACGUACUGCGUGCCGCGCUCCAUGUCGGAGACGGACGGGAACUACUGCGUGCCCACCAGCGCCGGGAACAAGGCCCUGAGGAGCAACACCAUCGGCACCAUGGACUCAUCACGCCUCAGGAAAGAUAUGGCCUCCCAGGACUGUUACGAUAUCCCCAGGACGUUUCCCUCUGACAAGAGCUGCUCGUUUGACUUCAACGAAAGCUUCAACAGCUACUUGCCUGCCUCUCUCUCUGCACCCCCUCCCCUCCAGAAAAACAAAGGCAUGAUGCCAGUGGGCAGCCAGUCCAUGGAGGAAGUUGACCAGAACUACGUACCCAUGAGCGCCAACUCCCCGUCCCACCACCGCUCCGGCAGCCUGUCGGGCUGUGAACCCAUCAUGGAACCCAACUAUGUCCCCAUGACCCCGGGCCCGGGCACCUUAGAGUUCUCCCUGGGCAAGCAGGUUCCCCCACCGGCCCACAUGGGGUUUCGCUCAAGCCCCAAUACCCCACCCCGCAGGCCCAUGCUCAUCAGCGAUUGUCAGCCCCCGCCCGUGGACCGCAACCUCAAACCGGACCGCAAAGGUCAGAGUCCUAAAAUAAUAAGAGCUAAGGGGGUUGGUUUAGAGCGAACCGACUCUCAGACCGUAGGGGAGUUCCCAAGACGACGCAAGGCCAAGCCCGCCCCUUUGGAGAUCAAGCCCCUACCUGAGUGGGAGGAGUCAUCGGCGCCCGUCCGCUCGCCUGUCACCAGGUCUUUUGCUCGGGAUCCCUCCAGGUUCCCCAUGCCCCCCAGGCCUCCCUCGGUGCAUAGCACCGCCUCCAGCACCGACUCCGAGGACUGUGAUGAGAAUUAUGUAGCCAUGGUCUCUAAGGCAGACGAACUAAACAUGAAGCUGGGUGCGCCCAUGACGGCGGACGGGGGGAGCAGCCCAAUGGUGAAGCCCAAGGGUGACAAGCAGGUGGAGUACCUGGACCUAGACCUGGACCCCGGCAAGUCUACCCCACCACGGAAGAAGAAGAGUAAUGGGAUUGGUCUGGCAGUGUCAGAUGAGCGGGUGGACUACGUGGUGGUGGACCAGCAGCGGACGCAGGCCCUCAAGAGCACCCGGGAGGCCUGGAACGACGGACGCCAGUCCACAGAGACAGACUCCUCCACCAAAGGGCCCAAGUGACCCCCAGCUCACCCAGCUAUAGCCCCACGCUGCUGGGCCGCAGACAUUACUCCAAGCCCGGGCUCGGGCCCCGGCCUUCACCUCCUCCACCUCCUCCAGACUCCUAGUGCCGAAGUGAAGGGGCCGGUGGACCUCCAGGGCCGCUGAACUGUCUUUAGUUUACACUGCCAUCAGUCAGUCCGAGGACAGAACAGCGACAGCACAGCGCCCCUCUGUGGCAGACAGGGGGUAUGUGCCAGGAAUAAGCUGAAUGCAGUAUGGAUGCAAGUAGGUUUGAUUGAUGUAUCAGUCCUCACCUGCCUGAUAUGGGGACUCUGUAAAGACAUUACCACAUCCACAAAGACUUGGAGUCUGGAACACUUACUGCCACUUAUGGUGGAUUUCAGUUUAGAUUUUUCCUCUAGAUGGUUGGAGAAUGACCAGGAGAAGACUUAAAAACAUUUCCUUUAUGAUUAAAUCACAACACUGUGGGACACUGUCUGGAGUCUGUUUUGGGAGAGAAUGGGUCAUCUCUCUUUCAGAAUCAGAAUGCUUAGUGUCUACUUAAUACUUUACUGCCAAGGUUGCCUAGUUUUGCUGGUAGGAAAUUGGGCCAUUUUUCUCUUGUACAGGUCUAAUAUUAUCCAAAACAUUGUAAGAGAGAGAACCAGGUUUUCUUAGUGAAAAACUUGUUGUGAAUGCAAGGAAAUAGACUACAAGUAACUUUUUCUGAAACGCAACUGACCAAGUGCUCAAUCAAAGGUUUGGAUUCACUGAAACAACUUCAUUUAAUCGACUGAGAAAUGAUUAUUUUCCGCGUUUAGUUUUUAGUGGAAGAGGAAACGGCUUGACAUUUGCAAAACGAAAAGUCUGUACAAAGUGUUAUGUAUAUAAACAGAAAGUGUCCUUUAUUCAACACUAUAUACGGUGUGUGUGUGGUAAUUCUGCAGGGUGGAAUUCCAUACGCUCUCCGAGAUGGUAUCGGGACAUGUGAUAUGAAAUGACAGAAUCAACUGUGACGGCUUUUAACGGGAAGCUCCCCGACACUUUCUGUGAGUUAUGCAAAGGUGUCAAACGUAGGUUUAUAGAAGAGAGAAAUCAGGUACUCAUUCAAAUACUAAUAACAGCUAUUUCCAUUUCUAAUUUAUUUUGAGUUAUCUCAACGAUAGCUGUCCCAAGUAAUAAUCUAUAAAUGGACAGAUUUGAUGCUAUAGAGCAAAGUGCUGUUGAAAAUGCCUUCUCAACGAGCGCCAGUCAAUUUGUUUCAGGAGUUUAUUAUUGUGAUGGCGUGUCGAUUUCAUUAUCUCUCUUAGGUUUUAAUUUAUUUCAAAUGGAUUUACACACACACACACCUUCUGGGAUCUGAUGUAUGUAUGUAUGCCUUACGAUCUACUUUACUUGAUAUGUCUUUGUAAAUAGUGAGAAAUUGUGAUGUUUUACCUAAAAAGAAAAUAAUUCAGAAUCGUAGUGUUUUUUUUCAUGAUGACUAUUGGCUUUACUAACUUUCCAGGGACCCUAUUCAGGUAUCUCAGUAGGAGUGCAGAAGCCGGUUUCCCGAAAGUCCAGCUUAAGGCUAAAUUCAUUGUUAGAACCAUAGGAUCCUACGGUUCUAAUGAUGAACUUAGCCUUGAGAUAGUUUUGGGAACCCGGCCCUGGUUUAGGAUCAGGUCUCCACUGUUCAUGUAAUCUUAGUCAUUGUAAAAGGCAAAACAACUGAUUCUAGAUCAGCACUCUUACUGAGAUGCUCCAUGAAUACAGGCCCAUUUCUCUCUAAGUCCUAAGCAUGUUUUACCAGGAGAGUUAGUCUUUGCUGUAUAUAUUUGCACCAACUAUUCCAGCAUGUAUCAUUUGAAUUGAAAAGCUGUGCCUGUACUGUCAUUUCCAUACUACUUAAUUCUCACCAUCCCAUUGCAGCUUUCUGUCUCGAGACCAACUGCAAAACGUUGAUGCUUUAUCUUUUUUUAAUGAAUCAAAAGAGAAACAUUUCCAUUUGAAAGUAAACUAAAUAAAAACAA